UUAUAAACUGACUCUGAUCACGCAGUACCAGCCGACGUCUGUGCCCCGAAGGCUCCAGCGUGCGCCCUUGUUCCGACCUGUCGUAGCAGAGCUACCAGUGCGAAGCCUUCGCUCUGCCUCAUUGGCUCAGGAUACGUGCUGCAGGCAUGGCACUGACAAUACAAAACCAGAGAGCGCGAACUCCGUUGAGGUGCGCCUUGUGGUGGAACGAGACAAGACUUGUUGGAGAUCCCACUCAGAUGCACGACUUUCAGUGAAAAUCACCGCUGAGAACGCUUAUGAUUGUCCUGUCCACGGAUACUUCGAAGGAAAACAGCAGCGUCACGGGGAUACGACGAGAUAUGAAGACGCGCUCGGCACCGGAGUCGCCGGUAACGACAAGCACAAUGGCGCCUGGAAAGCGAGCAUCAACGGAAGCCCACGAGGGAAAACUCUGGUUCUGCCACCUGUCCAGAACACCACGGAACAAAGCGACCAAACACCGAUGAUGCAGUCACAAGUUCCCUUAUGCCGGGAACACUUGAAUGCAGUGUGUAGUCAGUCACGCCCUCCGUUAUGCUGGGAGCACAUGACUGCAGCGUCUAGUCAGGGCUCGGGUGUCCAUGCCGACGUGGUUGCUACGCCCAGCACGCCGAAUGUGAAUCCGAAACUCUUCGGUGCUCAAGAUGGAACUUGCCGAUUGUGUUUGACUGACACUACAGGCAAGGACAAGGACCAGAACCAGGAUAUAAUUUUACCGCAACGUGGCACAGGGAGGACAACGACUCUCUUCUUCGCUGUGGCGACACUACUGCUCUGCUUCCUGGUGGCCUUCGUCUUGUUGCUGGUUGUGUGGAUAGGAGAAGGCGGUGGCAACAUGGCUGGCCUCUCUAAUGCACCACGCACUAGCACCUUUGAGAGGUUGGAGGCCACCUUUACCGAAGAACAGACCCCUGUCCAACCAAUGACUGAAACCGAUGAGCCGAAGAAGGAAGCUGUGCAACUUUGGCACAAGCAGCGAAGCAACAUAACUUCGCUGGAUGACCCUGCCGUUGACAGAACAACACCAGAUGACGCCUAGAUUCCUAGUGCCGAGGAAGUACAGUGAUCAUUGUCAUAUAUUGUUAGCGUGCGCACAAUGCAGCGGAAGGUGUUUGUUUAUUCACUUUUAAACAAAUCGAUGAGCGUUGUAUCCGUUCGAAACAGCCCAGUAGAAAUCGCCGUUUUCCUCCUUAUCAUUUAACGCGCCAAAUAGCUUGUCCAUGUUACUGUACACGUCUUAGGUGGCUUAAAGUGAAACAAUAGGUUAAUAUAAAUAUUAGAUUCUGAAAGUUUGCAAAAAAUUGACACUGUGAAAAAAAUAUGCUAAUAAGAACGCAUCCUUCUACAUCACGUGAGAAGGCACAUUCACAAGAUUGUGCACCACCUUUGUUGAAUGUUGAAUUAGCACGUAUCUACUGGAAUAAAUAUAGUAGUUCAAGGAGAUAAAGCAAAAUGAUUAGAAAAUAUCAAUUAGAUAUGCUUAAAAUAAACAAAAUGGCACAGUUAUAUUGCAUUCACUAAAUUAGUAACUGAACAUUAUAAGAACAGUGCAUCAUGCACAAUUCUUGUUGUCAUUAUCAAUAUAAGCCAAUUUUAUAUCAACUGGCAGACGAACCACUGCCGCGGAACUGCACCAGCUCAAUAAAAAGUCAUGCCUCUUAAUUUUCAA